GGGCUCUUCAACUUCGGCUCUCAGAUGAUGGGCUCCAUCCUUGGGGCCGCCAUCCUCUGCGCGAUCUUCCCCCCGGAGCUGGACAUGACGAAGAGCCUGGGGGCCAACAGCGUGGGCCUGAAGUGGCACUGGUGGAACGCCCUCAUCGGCGAGGUCUUUGGCACCUUCCUCCUGGUCUUCGUGGUUUUGCAAACGGCCUGCAACCCAAAGUCGCAGAUGAACCGCAGCCAGGCCUGCCUGGCCAUCGGCCUCGCCGUCUUCAUGGCCCACUGUGUGCUGAUCCCCAUCGGCGGCUGCUCCAUCAACCCCACACGCUCCUUCGGCCCGGCUCUUUUGUCCCUCAGCCGCCUGGAGGCCCCGAAGGCCGUGGAGCCCGUGGCCACGAUGCUCGGCGAGCCCGCGCUGGGGGAGGUCGCCUCUCCAAAGGCAGCGGAGAGCGUGGACGCGUCUGCCGGGCCCGGCUACUGGCGCAGCAUGUGGAUCUUCUGGCUCGGCCCGCUCCUGGGAGCAUGCCUGGCCGCUUUCGUCUACAAGGCCAUGCUCCUGCUGGACGCCGCCCACGAGCAACACACCCUGAAGCAUCACCCGGGCUACAGGCGCCGGCAGACGCUCAUCGAGCACUUCACCCCCGCCGCCGCCGGACCGGUUCUCUUGGGCAGCCACGGUCCGAGGGAGGGCAAGGACGCCGCGGCCAGGGCGGAGAGCA